AUUUUUUCCCGUGUCAGCGUCUUUUGCUUUUCCAUUUAUUUUCUUGUUUUUGGUCAAACAGAGAAGAUGGGUAGAUAAAUAGAGAGGGAGCUCUUAUAUGAACAGUAAAGAGAGUAUAGACGGAGCCGAAGACAAAAGCCGGCUUGUUCCAGUUCUCUUUCGCUGCUAAAUUCUCAUUUUCACACCACCGAGAAUCAAGUGCUCUCGUUUUCUUUUACUUUUUUAAUCGAUAAAAUAUAUUUCUAUUUGUUUUUAACCAGUUGACAUAUGUUGGUGUGAUUUCUAUUGGUGUUCUAAUCUGAUCGGGGAGGGAGAAGGAAUUGGACAAGGAAAGUUUUCAUUUUUGAUGGGAUUUUCGAAGAUAAUAGGAUUAUGAGAUGAACUUGUUAAUUGGGUUUUUUUGGGAUAAAUCUGCCAAGUUGGAGGUGUAAGGAUUUGCAAGGUUUGAUUGAUUUGAGCAGAUGGGUUGUUUCCCUUGUUUCGAUUCAAGAGAGGAGGAGAUACUGAAUCCAGUUCAAGAUAACGAUGAUGCAAAACAAAGCCAGGCAACAGUCCCCCCUCACAUUUCCAGAUUGUCUUCUGGAGUAGAGAGACUCAGAUCAAGAAGCAAUGGAGGGUCUAAGAAGGACCUACCUGGUUCAAGGGAUGGGAUUCCUGCUGUCCGAAUUGCUGCUCAAACAUUUACUUUUCGUGAGCUUGCUGCUGCAACUGAGAAUUUCAGGCCAGAGAGCUUCUUAGGAGAAGGAGGAUUUGGACGUGUAUAUAAGGGACGACUGGAAAGCACCGGUCAGGUUGUUGCUGUAAAACAAUUGGAUACAAAUGGUCUACAAGGUAACAGGGAAUUUCUAGUGGAAGUCCUCAUGCUUAGCCUUCUUCAUCAUCCAAACUUAGUGAACUUGAUUGGCUACUGUGCUGAUGGGGAGCAACGUCUCCUUGUCUAUGAGUUUAUGCCUUCGGGAUCUUUGGAAGAUCACCUCCAUGAUCUUCCACCUGAUAAGGAACCCCUCGAUUGGAACACAAGAAUGAAAAUAGCUGCUGGUGCAGCUAAAGGUUUGGAGUACCUGCAUGAUAAAGCAAGGCCUCCAGUAAUUUAUAGGGAUUUCAAGUCCGCCAACAUAUUAUUGGAUGAAGACUUUCAACCAAAGCUUUCUGAUUUUGGCCUUGCAAAGCUUGGUCCUGUCGGGGACAACUCACAUGUUUCCACCAGGGUUAUGGGUACUUAUGGUUAUUGUGCCCCUGAAUAUGCCAUGACCGGACAGCUGACAGUGAAAUCUGAUGUCUAUAGUUUUGGAGUAGUCUUCUUAGAGUUGAUUACUGGACGUAAAGCAAUUGAUGGCACCAAACCCCAUGGAGAGCAGAACCUUGUUAUAUGGGCACGUCCACUGUUCAACGAUCGCAGGAAAUUUUCGAAACUGGCAGAUCCACUGCUGGAAGGUCGCUAUCCAAUGCGGGGUCUCUACCAAGCAUUGGCUGUGGCAUCCAUGUGCAUCCAAGAACAGGCUGCCACUCGUCCUCUCAUUGGGGAUGUGGUUACUGCUCUCUCUUAUCUGGCGAACCAGUCAUACGACCCGAACUCUCAUGGCUACAGAGGUUCUGGAGAUAGGGAUGAGAAAAGAAACAGAGAUGAGAGAGGUGGAAGGAUAUUAAAGAAUGAGGAAGGCGGAGGAUCUGGACGUAGAUGGGAGUUGGAAGGAUCUGAGAAAGAGGACUCCCCAAGAGAAACUGCAAGGAUGUUAAACAGGGAUUUAGAUAGAGAACGAGCUGUUGCUGAAGCUAAGAUGUGGGGAGAGAAUUGGCGAGAAAAAAGAAGACAAAGUGCACAAGGCAGUUUUGAUGGCAAUAACGGGUAGUAGCCGCCUAGCUGGUGACAAUGUCAGCACCAUUCUCCACGUUUGCGUCUUCUGCAGCAUUUUCUUACCAGACUGAAGAUCCUGAAGCCAAGCUUUCGUUCUGCUGGUCCAUCCAAAAUGGUGAUGGUUGUUGAAGUAGUUGGUGUAAUCAAGUAAACUUUUCUCUCACUUUUCUUUUAGGUCCUUUUUUGGAAAAUAGAAGAAGAAGAAGAUGGUAAUGAUGACAAAUGCAGUGAUGAAAAGCAUAGUCAAAGAGUGUACAUUAUCUGCUAGAAGAGCAAGAACGGAACAGACAUUUAUAAAUUUUGAGAGGAGUGUUAUGAUCUGCUUGCUCUUGAUAUUUGCUUUCUUAUAAUAUGCAUCAAAAACAUCUCUUGCUGUUCUCUUGA